AUGGCAAAGGUUGGUAUUGUGAAGCUAACACAGGCCGACUUUUGGAUCGACUGUAAGGACAUAUUAGAGAUGGACACGUCUGCCGAAAGUGGUGUUUAUGAAAUUAGACUUCGUAACUCAGAAAAGAUACCAGUUUAUUGUGACAUGACAACAGAUGGUGGUGGCUGGACGGUUAUUCAAAACCGAUAUGACGGCUCUGUUGAAUUUCAAAGAAGAGACUUAUUAUCGUACGUAAACGGCUUUGGAAACGUGAGCGGAGAAUUCUGGCUCGGUCUAAAGUAUGUCCAAGAACUCACAGAACUACCGGCUGAACUUUGGUUUCAUAUAUCAGUAAUGAGCGGAGAGACAGCACACGAAAAGUAUAAUCAUUUUAGACUCACUGGCACAUCCAACAUGCUUUCCGUAGAUACACAACCCGUGGAAAAAUCAGGUAUGGCGAGCAAUGCAACUAAUGUUUUCGGACAGAUAAAUGGAAAUGAAUUUCAUUCAUAUGGUUCGUAUGUUGGAGAAUGUGGAGGGUGGUGGGCAUUGCCAGAUAGCUCCUGCCGUUUUAUCAACUUCAACUUGAG